AUGGGAAUAAAAGGAGCGCGUGAAAUUGUGGGAGAUCAAGGAAUAAAAGGCGUUAAGGGAGAGAAAAGAGACAGCGUGACAAAUCCUUCUAGUGCAGUGGCACAAACCAACUGGAAACAACAUGUGUGGACAAAUGUGAAUGAUAAUCAAGAUAACGGUAAGAUCACGGACUGCUCGUUUAAUAAGUUGCAGUCUGAUACUGCGAUCAAAGUCUCAUUCCAGGGAAAUAUGACAGUCUAUGGUUCUUCUCAGAAGUGUAACCGGUGGUUCUUCAAGUUUAAUGGUAACGAAUGCAGCGGAAUGACAAUCGAAGCUGUUGUGUUCAGCAGUUGGCCAUCUGGUAUUCCCAAUCUGCUUCAUCAUCGAUCAUUUGAGGGAUACUGUGAAAACAUCCCACAGGGCACGGUUAGAGUAGAAUUAUGGGUAGGAUCUUGUCCUAGCAAUACUUUGGGUGACGCUUACACUGGAUGGAAAUCGGUGUCCCGGAUAAUGAUUGGGGAAGUGUCUAGGUCCCACUCCUAA